AUGGCCGAGAGCAGCAAGGACCGCGCCGACGGGAACCGGAGCGAUAAUGGCAAUGCCAAUGGGCCCCGACCGGCCGGAAACGUUAACGCGGUCGAUGUUCGAGGUCUGCUUCAAAUAGCAGCCGAGAGGCAGAGAAACUCUCCACGCCAUCCGGUGGCGCACACCGGUGUUCCGGCAAAUGUUGCCAUGCGAGCGCUGUUGGACGCGGAGGAGGAAAGUUGGCGAGAAGACCUUCGCGACCCCAACACCACCGAAGAAGAGCGCGUCAUGAUAGAGGAGACGCUAAGUGACAUCCAGUCACACCGGCGCUGGCUCGAUUUUACACAGUCUAUUGUUGAACCCCACAAGUAA